CGUGAAAGUGCCGCCAACACGCCCGCAGCUAGUGAUGGCUGCAGGUAUCCGUGGUUGGCCCGGCCGCGGUGUGCGUUCAGGGCGUGGCUGUCCGUAGCGGUUCUGAAGCGGACGGCGUAAAAGGAGGAACACUGAGGGAUAAUUCGGGAGCACUGCUGUUGCGCGGCUGCCCGCAGUAACGGCUUAGCCGUCCCCAGGGGUGCGGGCAUGAAGAAGUGGCAGGACAGAUGCGGCCCUGGGACAUCGUCGAGCUGGCGGAGCCGGAGGAGGAUUUCGAGCAGUUCCUGCUCCCGGUCAUCAACGAGAUGCGGGAGGACAUCGCGGCCCUCACCCGGGAGCACGGGAGAGCCUACAUGCGGAACAGGAGCAAGCUGUGGGAGAUGGACAAUAUGCUCCUCCAAAUAAAAACGCAGGUGGAGGCGUCGGAGGAGAGCGCCCUGAACCAUCUGCAGAACCCCAACGACGGAGUGGAGGGCAGAGCGGCCAAGAGGUGCGAGAAGGCCGAGGAGAAGGCCAAGGAGAUCGCGAAGAUGGCAGAGAUGCUGGUGGAGCUGGUGCGGCGGAUAGAGAGAAGCGAGUCGUCCUGAAGGAGCGCGGGCGGUAAGGCGGGAGGCCGGCGGGGCCGGGUGCGGGGCCGGGUCGUCAACAUCGCCGAUUUCAGUAGCUUCCCGGGUGGUCGUCCUGUCGUAGGAGUGAAGGUGAAGCCUCGGUCUCACUGCGUCAGAAGUGGGGCAGUGGGAGCAAAGCUGAGGUUGAGAGGAAAGUGAGUGCGUGCUGGCCUGGAUAGGUGAUAGUAGAUCCUCCCGCCCCCGCCGGUCAUUAGAGAAAAAUUAGAAUAACUCGGUUUGUCUUUGUGAAACCGAAAAUUCACCUCCAAAGGGACAGUUGCUGGAGGUAGAGCCGCCGAGGCACCAAGGAGGGUGGUGGCGGGGGACCAAAGGAAACUUAGCCAUAGAGCAAAAUAGGGGAGGGGGAGAACACAGGAAAAGAAACAGAGAAGUGUGAAGCUGUAGGCCUUGCCUAGAAAUGUCCAGGUUCUUCUAGAAGGCAGACGUGUCAGAGGACUCUGUCUGAAAGAAGUGGCAUUCUUUUUUUUUUAUUAACUUAUUUUUUAAAAAGAUUUUUGUUUAUUUAUUUGACACAGAGAGACACAGCGAG